GCGAACGGUUUCAUUGCUGUGAUUUAAAUUCGAUUUCAUUUGUUUGUUUUUUAAUUUUUUCCAUACGUUUGUUUUUCUACUUUUUGAAAAAUACUUUUUUUAUAUUGGUGGUUGUUGUCUUUAUGGUUUUUUGUUUGUUUAUUUAUCAACAAAAUUUUUGGAGGCAUUUAAUUCUGUGACAAAUAAACGAAAUAGUUGCAAAUUCCGUGCUAAAUAAAACCAAAUAGACAAAAGCAAAAAAUCGUCAAAUUUGUGCAAAAAUGUGUUUAUUUUAAAAUAUGUAAUUACUACUAGCAGUGUAUUGAAAUUAACAGUAAAAACCAAAAGAAAAAUUUAACAAGCAGAUGACAGUUGAAAAAAGAAAAAUACGAAAUUUCAAUACAGCAACUGCAACAAAAAAGAAACCAAAAAAUAAAAAAAAAUUGAACAAUAACUAAAAAUGACACCAGAUAUUAUAACGAAAGCAACAAUGACAGCUUUAACAGCGACAGCAACAACAUCAACUAUAACGAAAGCAAUAUAUACAGUAUCAUCGUCAACAACAACAACAUCAGCAACAAAAUCAUUACUAUCAACGACAUCAUCAUCGCCAAUGAGAACAACAACAAUAUCAGCAACAUCACCAUCGACAACAUCAAUUGUGCAACGACAUCGAUUAACAAUCGAAAAAUUGCGACAUCGAGUGCAUCAAAUAUUGAAAUGUGUAAUUAAUUUGCAUAUUGAUAUAUUGGUCCUUGAAUCGAAUGUCAAUCAACUAUUAGAUGAAGUAAAAGAAUUCAAUGCCGAUUUAAUGGAAGUCAAAAGAUUAGAUGAUCUUAUAGAGACAUUAAGAGACUACAGUGGACCAACUAUAUAUCAUGAAUGGCCAUUUCCCUUAGUAUGUCAAGCAACUAUAGAUGAAGCUGAUUUAGCACAAACUCUCAAUACAACAUCGUGAUGUUUAGCCGACAGAUUUAUCUACUUAUUUAAACGGACGCAGUUAUAACUCUAAAAUCAUCCCCCCCCCUUUCGCCUGCUCCUGCAUUUAAUUAUACAAUGGACUGUUAUUUAUAUAAUAUUUUUUUAUUAAAAUAUUAAUUUACUUGUAAUUUUUAACAAUAUGUAAAUUUAGUUUAUUUGUUCCCUUUUUUUUCUAAAUAAACAAU